CCGACAAAAACCGGUACCAACAAUCAUGUAGCUAAUAAGUGGUAAUAACAGCCAGCUAUUACGGCAAAUACGGCAAAGAUAUUGGUGAUAGCCCUCCCCGACAACAAUUUUCAAGACAACAAGAGAAGCUCUCAAGACAGCCAGUAUCCGGACGGCUCCCUGAAUUAAAACAAAUCUAUGCCUAAACCCAGCCCUCAAUGACCUUCGCAGUCGAGACGAAGGAUCCCGGGCUCGGUGCCCGUCCGCGCUUCCCCUAGAAAUGCUCUGGAGUCCGGACACCACAUUGCCCCAAACAUGAAAAAAAGCCAGCAGGACCUGUGACCGUAUUGAUAUAUGUGACCCCAACCUGGGGAGAGGGAAAACUCUACUUUUCCACGCAGGCGGCGUCGGUCACCACGACUGGUCCUCCGCGUUCCUAGCAACAGAACUCAUUGCGUCAGGUUAGCAGCGGAGUGCUCCGUUGCAAGGACAGGGUUCUCAAUGAGUAGGUGACCAUAAAUGAGGAUAUUGAACCGACAUAUCCAAAUGUGGAAAUGACGCCGCUGCAGCAACGACCAUUUUCCCCUUUUCGAUUUUCACGUCGUUUGCUCAUCCCUAGCAAGAGUAUCGCAAUAGGGUGUGCUGGUGGCUUUUAAAAGGCUCGCAAAGAUCCUGUCUUCUGUCGCGUGAUAGAAAAGGUUUUUCUGGCUGUGGUAUCGUUCUUUUCCAGUCAUUCCACAUAUUGCUUCCACCAUUCCUCCACGAUAUAUUUAGGGGGUCAACAUGGCCCGCUACCUCAUUUCUUUUGUGUUUUUGGGGGCCUUUGUAGACGGAUUGGCGAUCCAGCCGUCGGGAGUCCCCCUAAACCCGCAAGAAGAGUAUCGUCCAAAAAGUUUACGCUCUCCGGCAAUAUCGGAUGUGUUUCAACAGGCACGGCCGACGUCGCUCAGCCCUAGCAUUUUUCCCAGAGUCGUGAAUGUCGGCCUAGAAGCCAGGCAGGAUGCAGGAUCGGCUGCGACCACCGACACACAUAUGGCCACCUCUACUCCGACUCCAGGGGGAGGAGGUGAGCCCUGCACAUACACCCAAGAUGGUAACACGCUCAUCAUUCAAUCUCCCGGAGCCAACACCAUGUGCCCGCCUACUGUCUUGGGGUUCGCAUUGGCAACGAACUCGGAGUCACCACCAUCAACCUCUUCCACAUCCUCCGCUAUGCCCUCGUCAACCCCAGAGAGCGAGAUGACCGCGACACCAACGACAGACUCGGCGGCACCGAUGCCUACUUGCCCUACCGCUGCUACCAAUGAGAAAUGGCCCGGUUGUAAGCUUUGUCCUAGUGGCUAUAAUGAAAAAGACUGCCUCAGUAGUGGCACUCAGAAGGUUUGUCGCUGCAACGACCCGUGUGUGACAACGUUCUGCUUCACAUAAAGCAUUUGGAGACACUGAUACUUUUUUGGAUGAGAGGCUUGGGGAAUCUGGAGGUAUUUCAAAUGCUUUCUUCUUGUUCUGCGGAUUUUACCUAUAUUGUUGUGCAAAGUUGGUAGAGUUCUUCUUUGCAUUUGUGUCGGACAUCGCAACCGGGUUUACCGGUGUGUGCCUGGGGCGUGCUGCUCGAACAUUUGUCGAUGAUUCUCUUAAGACAGGUGCGGU